UUUUUCUUUUUAAUAUCUUAAUGGAGAAAGUUUGGACCCCCCUGGCAUGUCGAUUUAACACAAUGUGGCAUCUCAUCAUGUUGUGGGCCAUCCAGAUGUCUUAUUGCUACAAGAGGGGCUGCCGUCUGAAUAUAACAGAACUGCUCGGCAUGUCAAAGCCGGGAGAUAUUAUGCUUGGAAGUGUGGUGUCUGUGCAUGUUGAGAAGAUGUAUCCGCCAAAUAAAUUCACAGAGGAACCUGCUCCAAACAUUUGUAAAACGUUUAGGCUUGACAACUACCAACGUGUCCAGGCUUUGAGGUUCACCGUGGAAGAGAUCAAUAAAGACCCUGAUAUUCUCCCAAACAUCACCUUAGGAUACCAGGUCUUUGAUUCUUGUUCAGCCCUCCAGAGGACACUCAUAGGGACAAUGCAGGUCCUCACGGGCUAUAAUCAACUUGUGCCUAAUUUUCGGUGCCAUCAAGGAGUCCCUUUGGCAGCCAUAAUUGGCCAUACUGUGUCUACAUACACCAUCAUGAUGGCACAUAUGCUAGGACUGUACCGUUACCCACAGAUUAGUCACUUUUCCACAAGUCCUCUUCUCAGUGACAGGACACAAUUCCAAUCCUUCUUCAGGACUGUCCCAAGCGAUACCUUUCAAUCACAAGGGUUAGCCCAGCUGGUGCUGCAUUUUGGAUGGACAUGGGUGGGACUCUUGGCUACAGACAAUGAUUAUGGACAACAGGGAAUUCAGAUGAUAACAAGAGAAAUAAUAAAAUCUGGAGCUUGCAUAGCCUUUACUGAGAACAUAAUACUGAGCAAGCCAGAUCGCAAUGCUCCCCAUAUUGCUCAGGUCAUAAAAGAGUCUACAGCCAAGGUUUUGGUUGUCUUUUCUGCAGAUGUGGACCUGCUCUUUGUCCUUGAUGAAAUGCUAAGGCAGAACAUUACAGACAAAAUACUGGUUGCUAGUGAAGCUUGGGCAACAUCUGCCUUUUUAGAAGUGGACCGAUUUUCCAAGAUUCUCUCUGGAACAAUUGGAUUUGCCCUACACAGUGGAACAAUGUCAGGUUUUAAAGAGUUUCUUAAUAGCAUCCAUCCUUCAGUGACUCUGGGCAAUGAAUGGGUGAAGAUUUUCUGGGAAGAAGCUUUUGGGUGCAAAUUCCAGGCUCAAAACAACCUAACAAAGAUUUGCACUGGUUUUGAAGAUUUACACAACACCCAGAACAAUUACAAUGAUGUUUCUAGCCUACGGGUCACGUACAAUAUGUACACGGCUGUGCGUGUCAUUGCCAAAGCUUUGCAUGAUUUGAAUACUUGCGCUGAAGGGAGAGGGCCCUUUAAAAAUGGAACAUGUGCUCAUAUCCAAAAGUUUAAACCAUGGCAGCUAUUACAUUACAUAAAGCAGGUGCAUUUGAAAACAAGCAGUGGUAUGGAGUUCUUUUUCCAUGAAAAUGGUGACCCCAUUCCAGCUUAUGAUAUCAUCAACUGGCACCUAAGCUCAGAAGGAAACAUUAGACAGAUUACAGUGGGAAGCUUUGACGCAGGAGCUGCCAUUGGAGAUAAGUUCACCAUCAAUACUAGUGCACUGCAUUGGGGAGCAAUGGGAAAAGAGGUUCCUCAAUCAGUUUGCAGUCAAAGUUGUCCAUCAGGGUUCAGUAAAGCAGUCGUGCCCGAGAAGCCCAUCUGUUGUUUUCAGUGUAUCCCCUGUCCUGGUGGAGAGAUUUCCAAUGAAACAGACUCACUGAAUUGUUAUAAAUGCCCCUGGGAUAAGUGGCCAAAUACUUACAGGGAUAGUUGUCUUCCAAAACCUAGAGAACUUCUCUCCUAUAAAGAUCCAUUAGGUGUCACCUUGGCAACAAUAAGUAUUUCUUCCUCGUUGGUUCCUAUUGCUGUACUUUGGCUUUUUAUUUAUUAUAAGACCACCCCAAUUGUCCGAGCCAAUAAUUAUAUACUGAGUUGUCUUCUGCUAGUGGCCCUGUCCCUCUGUUUUUUAUGUGCAUUAUUUUUUAUUGGCUACCCCAAUUCUGAGAUGUGCCAUCUACGUCAAGUGACCUUUGGCAUGGUCUUUACUCUCUGUGUCUCCUGCAUCCUGGCUAAAACUAUCAUGGUGGUUAUAGCUUUUAAGGCCACAAAACCAAACAGUAGUUUGAAAACAUGGACUCGCCCCAGAGUAUCUUAUUUUAUUGUUGUUUUGUGCAUUAUCAUUCAGAUGUUUCUCUGCAUGAUGUGGCUGUUGAUAUCCCCUCCAUUCUUUGUGGAAAACAUCAUAGACAGUCCUGGGGUAAUUAUAGUUGAGUGUAAUGAAGGUUCUCCAACAGCAUUUUGGUGCAUGCUAGGAUAUCUUGGCCUCCUGGCCUCAAUUAGUUUCUUUGUUGCGUUCCUUGCCCGGAGACUCCCUGACAGUUUUAAUGAAGCUAAAUUCAUAACAUUCAGUAUGGGGACUUUUCUCAGUGUUUGGAUCUCUUUUAUCCCAGCAUCAGUGAGUGCUCGUGGCAAAUACACUGUAGCCAUGGAGAUUUUUGCCAUUCUGUCUUCUACAUGGGCACUUGUGGUUUGCAUGUUUGCACCAAAAUGUUUCAUCAUCUUGUUCAGACCGGACAUGAACUCUAAAGAACAUCUUAUGGGAAAAGAAAGAAAGAGGACCGAUAAUCAAUCAUCUAAGACCACAUAACAGAAAUCAUAAUGAGACCAGCAUGUUGACAUCAGCAGAAACCUUCAAACUUGACCUUUGUAACUGCCCAG